GGUGCGCACCGAAGGUUGGCCGGGCCGGCGGGCCGUCUCUCCGGUGUGGAUCAUAGGAUGCGCUCACCCUUUAAAGGGUCGGUCUUCCGCCCGCCAUGCAUCCGUUUACCCUCGCAUUACUUUUCUCAAAGUCCUCCUGCUCGUUGCGCCGUUGUAAGCUGUCGCCAUGUCGGUCAAAAUCACGGGUUUCGAGACGCACGACGUCCGCUUCCCCACCUCCCUCACGGGCGACGGCACGGACGCCAUGAACACGGACUGCGACUAUUCGUCCGCGUACGUCACGCUCAAGACCUCGUCGGAUCUCGUCGGCCACGGCAUGACCUUCACCAUCGGCCGCGGGAACGACAUCGUCUGUACGGCCAUCCAGGAGCUCUCCCGCCGCCUCGUCGGCAAGGACGUCGAGGAGCUUUUCGCGAACAUGGGAAAUACGUGGGAAUACCUGUGCUCGGACCCCCAACUGCGAUGGAUCGGUCCGGAGAAGGGCGUCAUCCACAUCGCUCUGGGCGCCGUCGACAAUGCACUGUGGGACAUGUACGCCCGUUCGCGGAACAAGCCGCUCUGGAAGCUCAUCGUCGACAUGACCCCUGAAGAGCUCGUCUCCGCGACCGCUUUCCGGUACAUCACCGACGCAAUCACGCCCACGGAGGCGCUCGCGAUGCUCAAGGCGAAGGAGGCCACCAAGGCAGAGCGCGAGGCGACCGUCCGCGAGCGCGGCUACCCCGCGUACGUCACCAGCGCGGGCUGGCUCGGCUACACCGACGAGAAGGUCGCGCGCCUCACGCGCGAGGCCGUCGCCCAGGGCUUCAACCACUUCAAGAUGAAGGUCGGCGCGAACCGCGACUCCGACUUGAAAAGGGGAAAGAUUAUCAGGAGUAUUAUUGAUGACCCGCAGUACCUCCCUGAGGGCACGACCCCGCGCGACCCGAAUGGCCCCGAUUUGAAGGGGAAGAACGCGGGCCCGACGGGGAGCGUGCUCAUGAUCGACGCGAACCAGGUGUGGGACGUCCCACAGGCGAUCGAGUAUGUGAAGAGUCUGGAGGAGAUCAAGCCUUGGUUCAUCGAAGAGCCCACAGCACCUGACGACAUCCUCGGCCACGCCGCCAUCCGCAAGGCCCUCAAGCCCCAUGGGAUCGGCGUCGCGACCGGUGAGCAUGCCCACAACCGCAUGGUCUUCAAGCAGCUCCUUCAGGCGGAGGCGAUCGACGUCUGCCAGAUCGACUCGUGCCGCCUGGCGGGCGUCAGCGAGGUCCUCAGCGUCCUGCUCAUGGCCGCCAAGUUCGGCGUAACGGUGUGCCCCCACGCUGGCGGCGUCGGUCUGUGCGAGUAUGUUAUCCAUUUGAGCUUGAUUGACUACAUCGCAGUUUCCGGCUCGAUGGAGCGCAAUGUGCUCGAGUUCGUUGACCAUCUGCACGAGCACUUCCUCUACCCCUGCUCAAUCAACAAGAACGGGCGGUACAACGUACCGAGCAGCUCAGCUGAGGGUUACAGCAUUGAGAUGCACAAGUCGAGCAUUGCGGAGUACGAAUGGCCGCAUGGGUCGUACUGGGUCAACUCUCCGAAGAAGGCCCAAUAGCUGCCUUCGUACGUAUGUGUAUAGAGCUGGUCGAUGGUCGAGAAGAAAACCGUAAUGCAGUAGUUGAGCGUCGCUGUAUCAAUAUCAUGGUCAUUGUAUCUCCGUCUGGGAAUCGAGUACCAUUCAACAACACACCGUAGCGGACCG